AAUAAUGGUGCAUCCGUUUAUUUUACACUUACAUUAAUCCUACCGAACAUGUGACACGUUAACUACAGUUGAACAAACCCUGUUUCUAAAAUGAGAAAAAGUCACUAUUAUUGGAGUUUAAUAUUUUUUAUCGAGAUAAGUGGCACUUUCCUUGAUAUAAACGAAAUCAAGAAUAAUAUUUUAAAAUGGAAACAAGAGAACGCACUUAAUUUUAGUGAGAUUGGGGCAUCUUCUAGUGGUAUCUUCGACUUUACUGAUGUUAAAAAUAAAAUUUUACAAUGGAAAAAUCAAAAACUGGCUGCUUUUUGUCCGACGAAUGGAGCGCAACUUCAAAAUUUGCUGAAUUUAGUUUGUAGUACAGCUCAACCUACCAAUAUUACACUAAGAGAUGGGUGUAUAACAUGUUUUUCCAGAGUUACUUCCAUGCCAGAGGGUCCUCAAGAAUUAACUGCGUUAAGCGCUUGUGCCUCGCAGUAUUUCGUGAACACAACUUACGCUGCCUGCGCGACUGCACUCGCUACAUUGGCAUCUUCAGCUUUGAACGUACAGCCUUCUGGUUGCUUCAUGGGUUAUUGCGAUUUUGUACGCUGUCUAAGGAGAACCAACUCGAUUAAUUUGAUAACUCAAUGUACUCGAGAAGCAAGGACAGGUGUUAAUAUAACACUUGAUGCUGACAACGUGCGAUUUUAUACUAAUGUAACAUCCUGUAUCUUGGCUAAAUCACGCUGCAGUACCUAUAAUCCAAUCACUGGUGAACCUCAGACCCCAGGAUAUACGUCGUCCGGUGCUAGAAUCAGUAACGCGUUGCAGUUUUCAGCAGCGGGUGAAUUAAGGAUACUUGCUUUCUCCGCUUCCACACCAGUAACAUCUUCCUUCUGUUCUACAUCAUCGAAUCUCACACAAACUAGUUGGCUUACUAAUGUUUGCUAGCUUGCAUUAAUUAGUAGUAAAAAUAAAUAAAAACCACAUAUAGGUAUGCAAAUGUUUAUAGUUGGUCAAGCAGAUCUUGUCAGUAGAAAAAGGCGGCAAAUUUGAAAAAUGUAAGCGCGAAGGGAUAUCGUCUCAU